CUUUAGCUUCCAUGCACGCGUUGGGGUCUAGGGUAUUCCCCAAUUCACGGUCAAUUGUCAGGUAAUACUUCACACUUCACCAUCCCAGCCAGAUUCUUCUACCACUUUCGACGAUCGGUCAUUGAUUGCUAGAGAUUUGCGCGAUGGGAGCUUUUCCUCUCUUAGCAUUGUGGCAGUCUCUUCCUUCCAUCCCAAUCCUCCUCGCCGCCUUCGUCGCCAUAUCGAUCCUUUAUGCCCUUGUACUAGCAAUCUAUCGUGUCACAUUGCACCCUCUCGCGCGUUUCCCUGGUCCUAAACUAACGGCGGUAACUGGCUGGUAUGAAUGCUUUCUAGACUUCUUUGCUGGCCCCGGAGAAACCUUUGCAUUUGCUAUUGAACGCAUGCACGAGCGCUACGGGUCAAUCGUGCGCAUCAAUCCUCACGAGAUCCACGUCUCAGACCCUGAUUUCUUCGAUACUUUGUAUGCUGGUGGCAGCGCACGACGUGACAAGUAUCCUCCCGCCGCACAUGUACAGGGGACGCCAGAGGGGAUUUUCGGUACAGUUGACCACCAAACACAUCGAAAGAGAAGGGCGGCGAUCAGUGGCUAUUUCUCCAAGCAGAGUAUUCUUCAGGACCAGGGGAUUGUGGAUGAGAAGAUUGAACUUUUGUGUGAUGUCUUUUCUAAAGCGAAAAGAGAGGGGAAAGAACUUAAUAUCAGGGUCCCGUUGCUUGCACUGGGGACGGAUGUCUUUUGUCAGCACACAUUAGGGCCAAGAGGAUGUAUGGAUUUGCUGAAAGAUUGGGAUAGAGCGGCUACUUGGAGGGCGAGCAUCAUUGCGCUUCUACAUUGGACGCCCGUUGUUCGGCAGUUUUCGUGGGUUAUGCCUUUUGCGGUGGAGCUUCCGAUGUGGAUCAUUAAAGCCAUAAGUCAAGAGCUAGCACUAGUAGUGUCAAUCUUCAGGGACCUCCGGAUUCAAGCCGCAGCAGCAAUUGCAGAACAUGACUCGUUGGAGGGUGAGCAAAAGGUCCGAGCGAAUGUCUUCCAUACCAUCCUUUCUAGCAACCUGGAAGCCCAUGACAAGGAGGUCAAACGCAUGGCACAAGAAGGCUUUUCCAUUCUAUCGGCAUCUGGCGACACCAUUGCAAGAUCUAUGACCGCAGCCAUGUAUCACCUUCAUGCAAACCCUCCAGUGCUCAAGCGGUUAAAAGAGGAGUUGAAGCAAGCAAUGCCUAAUCCAUAUGCGCACGUAGAUUUGGCGACGUUGGAAGCGCUGCCUUGGUUGACUGCAGUCCUCAAAGAAUCUCUCCGCAUUGCCGCACUCAUAACCACACGCGCUCCUCUCCAAGCGCCAACUGAGUGGAUGCGAUAUCAGGAAUGGGCGAUUCCGCCAAAUACUCCAGUGAGCAUGACGCUUAGCUCCAUGGCUUUGGAUGCGAAAACCUGGCCUGAGCCCAUGAGAUUUAUCCCUGAGCGAUGGAUGGAAGAGAAUUCGGAGUAUAAGCGCAAUAUGGGGUAUUUUGUCCCGUUUCAUCGCGGACAUCGGAAUUGUAUUGGAAUUAAUCUGGCCUGGUGUCAAAUGUACCUGACACUUGCGAAAUUGAUUCGCAGAUUUGACUUUGAGCUGUACGAUGUUGUGAGGGAGAGAGAUAUCGAUAACUAUCGGGAUUGCUUUUUGGGUGAGCCAAGGGAUGAUUCAUUGGGCGUGAGAAUGAAGGUUGUUGCGGAGGAGGCCCGGUAAAACUUUCGAUAGCAGGGCCGCAUGAGCACGCGCUGUGAAGAGUCGAUGGUAGUUUUGGACGAGUGGGUUGCGCAUGGUUGAUCCCAAGGUGACCUAGGUCCG